AUGGGUAUAGAGGUACUGGAAAAGGAAGGCAAGCAAGGAAGUGAAACAAGUUUGGUAAAUGCAGGGUCUGAAAUUGUUUCAACACAGGGAAGAAAACUUGUUUACUACAAGGACAAAUUACUUGUAUUAAACGGGGAUGGGGGGUCAGACAGUGACCAGGCUGAGCAAAGAGAGUUGAGGAGAAUGGAAGAAGAGGAAGAAAGCCAGUGGGGUGCUCUUCUGGAGAUAGAUUCAGAGGAUCAUAUGUGCCCUACAUACAAGGUCACCAAAGAGAAACUUAAGCAAGACUGUCAAAAAUGGAGAAAGUCACUGAUCAUCAAACUGAUGGGGAAACGUCUGAACACUAGGUUCCUGAUGACAAGGCUGAAACAUAUGUGGGUGUUGAGGAGCAACUACGAGCUUAUUGAUUUGGACAAUGACUUUCUGUUAAUUCGCUUCAUGGAUGAACAAGAUUAUCAGCAUGUCCUCCAUGAUGGACCUUGGAUUGUAGCGGACCACUACGUUGUAGUCCAAAGAUGGAGGCCACUAUUUGACCCUUACGAUGAAUCUUUCAAGAAGUUGGCAGUGUGGGUGAGGAUACCGGGACUCCCUAUGGAACUAUACUCAUCCUCACGCCUGUGGAAAAUAGGAGGAUUAUUUGGCAGGACCUUGAAGAUAGAUAGGAACUCUCUAAAGAAGAUGGAGGGGGUGGAAGGAGAAGUGACAAAGAGGGCUAAAUUCGCCUGGAUAUAUGUUGAGGUGGAUUUAUAA